CCAUCUUGUGGUGGUUCCUCCUCCUGGGUCCUCCGUACACUGAACCCAGGGGGCCUCGGCCUCCUCCCCUCACCUCACUCGAGGCUGCAGGAGGAUGCCGGGUCCGAGGAGGAGUUAUGAGCAUGAGAUCCAGCGUGUGCCGCCCGAGGCCCGACGACCCCUCAUCUGGGGAAGAGCCUCAGGAAAGCACGGGGCUUGUGGGCCGAACUAGGCCGCAGCCUGAGCGCUGGACUGGCGAGCGGGGGAAGUGCCAGGCUGGUCCAAGCGAUCCCUGCGGCAAACUCGGAAGCGAAGCGGGGGCGCUGGCGGACAAAGGGGCUGGGGGAGCUGCCGGAGCAGCAGUCACCGGGGCCGGGGCGGCUACCACAGCGGCCACGGGGCAAGGCCAAGCCCCGGCCUCGAGUAGCACGUCCCCAGCUCCUCGCUGGAGACCGCCGCUGAGAGGGGGUGCCGGACCUGGGGCCUGUCUAAAGCAGAUUGUCCUCCUGCAGCUGGACCUGAUUGAGCAGCAACAGCAGCGGAUUCAGGACCGAGAGCGCGAGAUCGGGGAGCUCCGGGCUGAGAAGGACACGCUCCUGGCCCGCAUUGAGCGGAUGGAAAGGCGCAUGCAGCUGGUCAGAAAGGACAGCGAGAAAGACAAACAACGCACGUCCCAAAGCCGUGAGCCGGCGAGCGACAUGCCGGAAGCGCCGCUCCCAGAGAGCGCUGGAGUUGGGGAGCUUCCCCCAGAGCACUCGCCUUGUCUAGGUGGCCACAUCUCCAAGCCGUUCUCCUGUGGCCGCAACACAAAAGGAAACAAAAGGAAAUCUUCUUUCAGUAGCUCGGAGCACAGGACCUCGGUCAAGAGAUUAUCGUCGGACAUUACAAAGCUUAAGGGCAAAGCAUCCCGGACAGAGAAGGAAGAUGCGGAGCCCGGGGGCUCUCUCUCCGAGUCUGCGUGCCAGCGGGAGCUGCGCAGCAAAGAGACCCCAGAGAAAUCCAAUUCUCCAGUGGACACUUCUCAAAGGCACUCUUGGGGGAGCUCUGUGACCCUUUCUCCGAAGGACAGCAACCCUCACCCUAGUGAAGCCGAUUCCCUUCCCUACCUCUCCACCACGGACAUGUAUCUGUGCCGCUGGCACCAGCCUCCCCCCUCCCCACUGAGGGAACCUUCUCCUAAGAAAGAAGAGAGUGUGGCAAUCCCCUCGUGGAGAGAGCAUCCGAUCGAACCUCUCCAGGACCUGAGCUCUUCUGACAUACCAGAGAACCUGGAUGAUGCGGUAUUCGCGAAAAGGCAUGCCAAGCUAGAACUGGAUGAGAAGAGGAGGAAGAGGUGGGACAUACAGAGAAUUCGGGAGCAAAGGAUCUUACAGCGACUGCAGCUGAGGAUGUACAAGAAAAAGGGCAGCCAGGAGAGCGAACCAGAAGUCUCCUCGUUCUUCCCAGAGAUUGACGACGUGGAAUCUGUGAUGAUCACCCCCUACCUCCCUGUUGUGGCAUUUGGACGCCCUCUGCCCAAAAUAACCCAGCAGAAUUUUGAGCUCCCCUGGCUGGACGAGCGAAGCCGUUGCCGGCUUGAAGUGCAGAAGAAACAGACGCCGCAUCGGACGCCUCGUAAAUAGGCCUGAGGAGCCUCCAACUUGCGAAAACCCCCCCCUUUUUUAUAUAAAAGUUUAUGCACUGCGAGUUAAAAACAUGACCUGUGUUAAAGGGGUUAACGCUGCCCUUAUCUAUAGAGUUCUCUGUGCUGCAUUGCAGACCCCGCCAUCAUUGUGUAGCUGUCGGUGACAAAAGUCGCCUCUUCGGUGCGAAUGACAACAAACGGCAACCAAAGCCGCCGCGUUCUGGGCCAAGUUUACAAAGAGCGGUUCUGAAGCAACCAGCGACGAUUUCCCAGUUUCAUUAACCCAUCGCGUUCUGAUGGCUUUGUAACAAACAGAACAAGUUGCUUACAUUGAAGAUAUUAAACAUAUUUUGUGUUAUCCGUGA